ACACGUUUAGGUACGGCUACAACACUAUAUACCAGCGGUAACUGGCUGCGUUACCUAGCCCACAUUACCUGGCGUUCAGGUGUACAGAUAGUGGAGUUACCUGACUCAACGGAGACAGCGAUGACCUAGUUACAUCUACAAGCCACGCUAAAACAUGGCCGCUGUUCAACUGGUAUAGGGCUUUGAACUGAGCGAAUACCUGUGAGAUCCAAAAUAAGACGUAGGAAGAACCAGAGUGUAUUAUGCGAGAAGUCCAAGGUGUAAACGGAGAGGAAGAGAACUGAAUCUUUCAUUUUGGGAGCUGAAUCUGGGAAACAAGGAGAAAUCAAACCGACUUCCUUCUUCGUGACCGUGUAGAGUUCAAAUUCCCCAGUUGUUGUUAUGUACUUUAAGGACAGGUAUACAGCAAUGGGUCAGUCAGAGCACAGGUGUGUCCGUUACAGAAAAGUCUGGACAUUACUGACCACUACACUGGUCACUCUGCACAUCGCCUCCUCAGGUUAUGUAGGCGAGAAAUGCUCACAGAUUGGUCAGCCUGUGUCCAUUACCUGUGAUCAAGACCAGAUAAUCAGAAUCCGCAAGACCCUAUUGUAUGCCGUUAACCUCAUCCCCGUCAAGGAAACUAACAAUGAUAUAAUCUGCGAGAACCCCGAUAGAAACAAUUAUUGCCGCGCGCCCACAAACCGAUCUGAUCUGGAAUUCAUCGGCCGUCAAUCGGCGUCGUACCCCAUCCAGGCUGAGGAUUUGAAUACCCAUCCAGAGAAGAAGGGAGAAUGCUACUCCGGCGUCCGAUCAAACAUGGUUCACGUUUUCUACGAAUGUGUCCCAGUAAAUUCCGGUUACCUACAGAGCGUGUGCUCCGAUAUUCUCUGGGAGAGCGAAGUAACUGGUUACCUCACGAGUCCAUACUUCCUUAGCAACUAUCCCAAUAAUGGGCGGGAAUUGGACUGCCAGUGUGAGUUGCGGCCCGACGAGGGUUCACGUGUGGAGCUGACAGGGCUGCUAAUGAACCCUAGCUCUUCAGGGUUACGAUGGAGCCUGGAGGCACAAACGGAAUCUGGUUCCAACCAGGACCUGUCCACUCAGUUCUAUGUCAGCCGAGAGUUUCCACUUUUGGGAAGCGGUAGUAUUACCCUGAGAUUCCGGACCGAAGGAUCGGGUCACCAGCAACCUGCACGCCAGGAGUCCCCUGUGGGCUUCUGGCUAGAGUACAAAGCCGUGUUGAUCAACAGCCCCGGCAUCUCCGGGAGUAAUCAACGCCAGGCGGGUAGAGUGACCCUCAUCUGUAAUGACCCUUACACUGACGCCGCUUUCAUUGCUUCGCUGGUAGUAGGGAUAGCCGUGCCUGUAAUCAUCAUAAUAAUACUGAUCAUACUGGCAAUCUACUGUAUCAGAAAGAGAAGACGUGAGAAAGGAGAGUCCUACUCUACCGAAACUCCUCCUAGAGUCACAACAACCCCUCGUAAGAAUAACCGGGACUGGAACGAGGACACCCAAGAUGAUGACUUCCAUCGUAACAAGGCGUACCAGGACACCGAGCACCAGCCUUACCACCGCAACAACUUCCGGCAGCGAGUCAGCGCCGAAGACUACCCGGAAAAAGAACCCAACUACGGGCGCAGCAACAGGGGACGUAACUACUCCAACGACAGCUACAACGACAAGGUGUUCCUGGAUGAGGUGGACAAAAAGUCUAUCCCUAGUUCGAGUCGCACCGGCGACAAUGACUCCAUCGCCAAAAAGUCCCUGUCGGGGAGUCAGGACAGCCAGGCAGACAACUACUCCGAGGUGAAUUACUCCCCUAAAGGCCCCCGGCACUACACUUUACGGCACUCUUCUCUAGGAAGGGAUACUGCCGUGUAGGACCUUCGUAAACAGCGCUGUCCGCCAUAAUAGGCCUGAGGUUCAUACUGAAUUAAAAGGCAUGGUGGUUCAUGAUAGGGUUGAAAAUGCGGAAGCUGAAAGGGACUCUACUUAGCUUAACAACAAUGAGAUAAUGAUAUAAUACACGAGGGAGUGUCUAAAUGCCGUCACAAAAUGUUGAAAACUCGCGCCAUACGACUGUUGGUGUGAUGCUACAUGAUGAGUAGCUCAGCUACCUGGUAAGCUUUUCAAAACUGGAAUGUGGAUGGAAGGCCAGUUGGUAUGACCCGUUUUGGUGCCAGUAUACUACACCAUUGUGAUUAUGGCUGGUAGGACGAAGAUCGGAUCAAGCUGAGCAUGCCUCAAAAUAUGAACCGAUCAAAAUUCUUUCUAACAUCUCAUGAUAGUGCUGUAUGACAUUUGGUAAACGUUCGUCUUUUCAUGCCGUGCAGAAGGAUAAUGACAGCAUGAUAGGCGAAACAAUGACCUGUAUCCUAAAAUCAGCUGUCACUCUUACCUCAAACGGAUAAGCGCAAACAUCAGUGUUCAUUGGUUCACGUAAGACAGACGAAAGACAAACGAAAAAGCAGUGUCCAAUCAGAACGGUCCGAAAUUCUUGACUUGCCAUUCUUCGUUGAUCAGAUGUACAAAAGUAGCCUCCCUUUCCCUUGAUAAACCUGAAAGGAAUAAAUCCUUGAAGCAUUUGUCGGUAAAAUAUGAAUAAGUUUGUCAACAAGUAAGAACGCGAUGAUAUCAAUGGAAAAUAGAAAUCACAUGGGUUAUUUUUCCACAAGGCAGAGUGAUUGUGUUCUGAUAAAUAUUUAAACGAGUCAAAUGGAAACAUCUGUAAGUUUUUGACCCGAAGGCGUCUUGUCAGUUUUCUAGUACUGACGUUUUGUUUCCCUCUCUUUGUUUGCCUAGUUCUUAACCUCUGUAACAGAUGAAAAAACGUGCCUGCAUAUGUAGGUGUUUGAUAAAGAAAAAAAACCCAGCUAAAUUUAGCAACUCCGUAGCAAAGUGUCCAAAUCGCAGUUUAGCCUGUCAACUGUUAAAACAACAUCCAGAGUCAACUUCCAAAGACCUUUUUUUUUUUUAAAAAAAAUGAAAUCAGCAUAACAAUAAGUUUUUACCGAAGAGAGUUCUCUAAAAUUAAGUGGCAGUAAACUUUCAACGAUGUCUGAACUACUAGAAAUUUCUGAUCAAAUAUUACACAUUACUUAAAUUUAUGUACAUAUCAAAUUAAUUCACUACAAAUUUACGGGAUAUUUAUUUAUGUUACAGUGACAAAGUAUUCAC